AUGGAAUCUCUCCUCCGAACCAUAACCCGGCAGGACCCGAGCCCGGAAGACUACAGCGACAUCGAGUUCUGGUCCAACCCGGAGCGCUCCGGCUGGCUCACCAAGCAGGGCGAGUACAUCCGCACCUGGCGCCGCCGCUGGUUCAUCCUCAAGCAAGGGAAGCUCCUCUGGUUCAAGGACAGCGUCGUCACCCGCGCCUCCGUCCCCCGCGGCGUCAUCGCCGUCGGCAAGUGCCUCACCGUCAAAGGCGCCGAGGACAUCCUCAACAAGCCCUUCGCCUUCGAGCUCUCCACCAAUCAGGAUACCAUGUACUUCGUCGCCGAUUCCGACAAGGAGAAGGAGGAGUGGAUCAAUUCCAUCGGCAGGUCGAUCGUGCAGCACUCCAGGUCCGUCACCGAUUCGGAGGUCGUCGAUUACGACAGCACCAGGCGGUGA